AUGUUUUACAUAAAGUUGUACAAUUUUGUUUGUGUUUUAUUGUUUACCGUAGUGCUACCGUUACCGUCUGCCAAGCCAAACAAAACUUGCGGAUCGGAGUACAACGAUGAAGUAUCGUCGUCGGAGAAAAUACUUCGGUGGUUGACCGAUCCAUGUCAGUACGACAAAACAGUGGCCCCCGGAAAACUCGUCGCACACAAUCCAAUCGUCGUGUCCACUAGGAUUCAUGUCUACCAUUUGACUUCUGUGUACCCGCGAAACCUGGACUUCAAAGUACGGAUACUGUUACAAUUCCGGUGGAAAGACGUCCGACUGGCAUUUGACAAUUUAGCACCGAUGGAUUCUUCCGAAGUGGUGUGCCAAAAGGGUGUAUUGGAGCGAAUAUGGUUACCGAACGUUUACAUUUCCAACGAGAAACACUCACUGACGGUGGCCGACAUGACCGAAGACCUGAUGGUCACUGUGUUGCCGGACGGGACCGUGAUGUUAUCGAUCAGGUUGAAGACAUCCGUGUUCUGUUGGGUGAAGCUAGGCAGAUUCCCGUUCGACCGCCAACAGUGUCAUUUGAUCAUGGAAACCUGGAGGUACGACACCACACAAUUGGUGCUUGAAUGGGAAGUAGAAUCACCGGUCACCGCAGCCCUGAAUGAUAAUUCGUGGGUGCCUUAUCUGACGGAAUACAAAUUGCUGAAAAUUAUACCGCACAGCUCCGAACACUACGUCGAACCAAUUUCUCUGGACCCGACUUCUACUUACCGUUACACAUCGUUGACGUUAACGUUCCUAUUAGCCAGGGAGUACGGGUUCUAUAUCAUGGACUAUUACGUGCCUGGCAUAUUGUUGGUGACGAUUUCAUGGGUGUCGUUUUGGAUGGCACCCGACGCGACGCCCGCUCGUGUCGCAAUCGGUACAAGCACAAUGCUCACAUACUUCCAGCUGGGUGUCGAUACGGGAUCCAAGCUACCUAAUGUGUCCUAUAUUAGAUCCAAUGACUUGUGGUUUAUCGUGUGUACCGCGUUCAUAUUUCUUUCGUUGGCUGAAUUCGCGUUUGUCAACACGAUAUGGCGAUACGGUUGUCAUCCCGUCAAGUUGAAAAGCAAAUCCAACAAACAAAUGUUUAAGUCAUCGAUCAAAGCGAGCAAAAUGUCCAAGGGGACAGUCAAUAACGACCGACGGCGACAAACCAUCGCAUCCGGCAGUUUGUUUCUCGACGGAAUAAGGCUACAGAACAAUGGUACCUCAGAAUUGAACGUAGAAUUGCCCUACACGAUGGAAAUGAAAGCGAUGGGCAAGGUCAAAUUCAAGGUAUCUGAAGAGUCAGCACGUCAAUUGCAUGGUGGCCUAACGACUACGGCCCAACAGAUUUCGAUUUGGAUCGACGAGAAGAGUAGAAUUGUGUUCCCAGCAUCGUUCAUUUUAUUCAACGCAGUAUAUUGGAGCCUGUUGUGGGUUUAA